UUUGCCAUUGGGGUAAGAAAAACACAUUUCUCUGAAAACACGUCUUAAUAUUUUAUGUAAUUUUGCUUCUCAAGUAUAAAUGCGUCUUGUUUAAGGAUGUUUAAAUAUGUUUACUGGAAAACGACACUAAUACUGAUUAAGAAAAUGAUUUUUGCCAUUCCAGCAGCAGUGCUGCGAUAAUUAUGCUGUCAGAUUCUUCUCCCUCACCUCACUGUCCGCCUGCCAAACUCCCUUCACUCCCUAAAUCACUCUGUCCAAACUUCUCAUCUCUUCCCCUCUCCCAGCUGGCCUCACUCCCUCUGUGUUUACAAACCUUUAUUGGAAUGACUGCAAAGGAUCAAGUUUCACUAAAUUAUUCAAACCAAGUUAUUAUCCAAAUUAUUUAAAGACUAUAUACACUACCAUACUAUUUAAAAGUUUGAGGUCAGUAAGAUAUUCCUAUUUAAAAUGAAAGGUGCAGUAGAAGAUCUAGGAAAUUCUAAUGUUAGCCUGCUAGCAUCGAAAGCAUGAGAUCCCACCCUCCCUGCAAUUCGCCGUCCAAAGCCACACCUCCUCCAAAACACAUGAACGCACACACACACAGCUGCUCUUGCCAAAGCAAGACGACGUUACCUCAUGUCUCAAAGCACAUAACAUUACAAUAAUAAUGAACAUAAACAACUUAGAGAGCUUGUAACGGACUGCUGCAGAUUCAUUUCAGUGUUGAUACUGUUGACAUGGAAACGCAUAAUUCUAAAUCUGAGGACGUGAACAGCUCUGGUUAGAACGUCACGGGUUUUCAUCUCUUAAUUGACCUUUCGCAAAGACCCGCCCUCCUUAGUUACUGUUGCUUUGUCCGACAAGCCAUGGCGCUGUCACGCCACACGCAGUGUAAAAUACAUUGCGGAGCAAAGAGGAUACUGACAACACGUCGACAGACAAGACAGAGCAGGUUACUUAUGAUAUUAAACAAAGUCCCAGCUUUCAAAUUGUGUAAUUUUUUAAGAAAUUCGAACAAUAAAAACCGUUUUGUGGCUCUUUAAUGUGUCGUGACAGAUUUCUGCAGCGCCUCAGCUCAAGCGGCUCAUGAACCGAUUAUCUCUUCCUACUACUUAAUUUAUAUCAUCAAAUAAACAUGAAUGAACAUGAGAAAGAAAGUCCACCGAGGAUAAUCUUCUAACUCCUGACUGCUUUGUCGGACAAAAUGGCGGAUUUGGCGUUAUGAUUGGUUAGAUCGCCUGUCAAUCAAACUCCUGGCGAAGGGUCAAUUACAGUAGUUAUGGUGUGAACGCAGCAUAAGCUCGUUGUUUUGAUUCGACUGUAAAAUGUGGCUGCUGUUUGUUUGCGGUGCUCGUGACUGAGGUCUGUUCUUUUUAACUUUCUACUUAUCUAUUUAAGAGUCCUUUAAAAAAAUGUAUCACAGUUUUCAAAAAAUAUAUUAAGCAGCACUCUUUUCAAAUUUGAUGAUAAGCAGAAUUGUUUCUUGAGCAUCAAAUCAGCAUAUUAGUAUGAUUUCUGAAGGAUCAUGUGACACUGAAGACUGGAAUAAUGAUGCUGAAAAUUCAGUUUUGCAUCACAGGAAUAAUCAGAAUCACAUACUGCAUUUUUUUUUUUUUUUACCUACAUUGUUACAAUUUGAUUUAUUCUUGUAUGACAUCAACAACAUUGUGAUUUGUACAGUAUACAGUAGUUGUGAGAUGUAGUAUGCUAACAUGAUGCUCUCUAUUCUAAAUGCAAGAUUUCUUUGAUAAUCCCACAGCUUCUGUUUGUAUGACCUAUAUUCAAAUAUAACUACAUUACAUUUGCCUCAAAAUAAUCUGCCUGAGCAUUGUGUGGAGGGGUUUGUGUAACGGUCGCGAAAGAAAAAGUGCCCGAAAAGCAGCCCAAUACUGCUAUAACAUAACUAGAAGUUUAAAAAAAGUAGUCCCACCUGAAAAUAACAGCUCAAAUAACAAACAUUCUUACUGAAUAAUUCAUGUAAGUGCUUUAACAAAAAACAACAAAAAAAAGCCUCACAUUUCUGCUUUUAAACUCUCCCGACCGUUUUGACUGUAAGCGUGUUAAUGUAAGAGCAUUUUUGCAAACUGAUGGACAUGAUAAAAUUACAAAAGACCAUACCAGUGUACCAGCAUACUUUGAUAUGAUGUGAAUCAAACAAUAUGGUCUACUGAGAAAGAAAGAGAGAGACAGAAAGACAGAGAGAGAUUAUGAUUAUGUAAUGGAAUGCAGCUUGGUGGCUUUAGGCAGGAGUUUAGAGCAGGAGGUGUGUGUGUAUGUGUGUGUGUGUGUGUGUGUGUGUGUGUAGCCAUGCUGACCAGAUGGGUAGGCAGAUGUUCCCUUCAGCACUCCCUGCUCUCUGUCUUGAUCCAGACUGUACCACCCUUCACCUUCCCCCAACCCUGGAUCAUACCAUCAUAAAAAACGUCACGCCUAAGGUGGGAGCGGAGGAGACCCACAACGCCAUUCGCCGGGCGUUCGACGUGUGGCAGAACGUCACGCCGCUGCGUUUCGAGGCAGUGCCCUAUAGUGACCUGGAGCGCAACAAGAAAGAUGUGGAUAUUACUAUCAUUUUCGCCUCAGGUUUCCAUGGCGACAGCUCCCCCUUUGAUGGAGAAGGGGGUUUCCUUGCACAUGCCUACUUUCCUGGUCCAGGGAUUGGAGGAGAUACACACUUUGAUUCGGAUGAGCCCUGGACACUAGGGAACCCUAACCAUGACGGGAACGACCUCUUCCUGGUGGCGGUACAUGAGCUGGGUCAUGCGUUAGGCCUGGAGCACUCCAACGAUCCCACUGCCAUCAUGGCCCCUUUCUACCAGUACAUGGACACAGAGAACUUCAGACUGCCACACGACGAUCUGCAGGGCAUCCAGAAAAUCUACGGACCUCCAGAUAAACUUCCUCAGCCCACGAGACCUCUACCAACGGUCCCACCCGCCCGCUCACAUCCUCCCGCAGAUCCACGCAAAAACGACAGGCAGACACGGCCUCCGCGAAUACCAACCGGCGACAAACCAAUGCACCCGAACGCUAAGCCAGACAUCUGUGACGGCGGCUUCAACACACUUGCCAUCCUCAGGAGGGAGAUGUUCGUGUUUAAGGACCACUGGUUUUGGAGGGUCAGAGAUAACGCUGUGAUGCCCGGUUACCCCAUGCUCAUCAAUGUCUUCUGGAGAGGUCUGCCACCCAAGAUUGACGCCGUCUAUGAGAACAGCAAGGGCAAAUUUGUGUUCUUCAAAGGGAAGCAGUUCUGGGUGUUCAAGGACACAAUGCUACAGCCUGGCUACCCCCAGGACAUCUCAAUGUUUGGAAACGGCAUGCCAGCACAGAGUAUAGAGACAGCCGUCUGGUGGGAGGACGUAGCCAAGACCUACUUCUUCAAAGGAGAUAGGUAUUGGAGAUAUAACGAAGACAUGAGAACGAUGGAUCCUGGUUAUCCCAAGUCCAUCACAGUAUGGAAGGGUGUUCCAGAUUCUCCGCAGGGAGCAUUUGUGGACAAGGCUAACGGUUUCACGUACUUCUACAAGGGUAAAGAAUACUGGAAGUUCAACAACCACAGGCUGCGGGUGGAGCCCGGCUAUCCUCGCUCUAUCCUGAAAGACUUCAUGGGAUGCGACCUCACGCCCAUCGACCCCGACAUGCAGCCGACGGAUGACGAGGACGUCGUGAUUAAACUGGACAAUGAAGCCAGCACGGUCAAAGCCAUCGCUAUCGUCAUACCAUGCAUCCUGGCGCUCUGCCUGCUGGUGUUGAUCUACACCGUCUUUCAGUUCAAGAGGAAGGGUACGCCACGACACAUACUGUACUGUAAACGCUCCAUGCAGGAGUGGGUGUGAGUCAGACAGCCACAAGACACAGUGGUGUAAACACCCCAAACUUGCGGACUUUGGCUCUCGACCCGCGUCUCGCUCAAGGAGAACAGCGAGGGCCUUUGCUUUGAUUCCCCUCUCCAGGAGAUGAGGGGCGCUUUCCUUCCCGCCCACCCAAAACCCCCUUCUCUUCUCCCAUUGGCCCCGGUGCACCCGCUGUAGGACUUGAGGGAUUGCAAAAAUCCCACGGUGCAUUGCGACGUCUAGUGCCACUGUUCGACGUGGAAAACGCUGAUUGCUAUACCUUUAGGUUUUACAAGUGCACGCUGAAACGCGAAAAAAAAUUAAAUGAUAACAUCACAGGAGUCGUUUUGUUUUAUCUUUUCAGAUUUUUGCUUGGCUCCGAUCUAUAAUUUAUUUUCAAACAGAGAUAUUUACGAUUCCCUUUAAAGCACUCCCAAACCAAAUAAAGACUUUCUCUCCAAAGAGGAUCUUUUUUCUUUUUCUUUUCACGAACUUUUUUUUUUUUUCCUUUUUCUAUACGCUUUUAUUUUUUCCCUCCCUGCUCGAAAUAUUUUGCAGUGAUAUGUAGUGGGGGAAGUUUUGACUGUUGUGGCAGUCUGUCUCAAAACAGGGGCCAAAAUAUUCUGCAAUAUUUUUAACAGCCUUAAUUAUGGAUUGUGUUGUUUGCUUUUGUUUUAGUUUAUUCGUUUGUUUAUGAGCACCGCUUUCUUUGUCUGUCGGAAAGGCAGUGCAAUAUUGCUUUGCUCCCUUUGAGAUCGGAGAUCGUGGUUAACCUCAUUUUCGCCAGGGGGCUGCACUGCAGGGCCGCCCGGCCGCUGGAGCAGGGGCGGGACUCCUUAACCUCUGCCUAACAUGAAGCAUAUCAGUCAAAACAGAGGGAAGACCAAGCCACUGCAACGACGAAUAUUUUAUUACGCUUUUUCCGUCCGACGGUGGAAUUGCAACUGCAAAGGAAGUGCUUGAACCGUUAUCGUGCUUAACGCUCACUCGUUUGGUCGUGUUUGCACGGACAGAGAUUUGAGAAUUCGUAUCUUCCCUUUUUUCCGAAAGGUUGCUGUUCAAGCAUGUCAUCUCCUUCGGACUGCCUUGUUUUUAGGUCUGGAUGGGAUCCUAGAACCUUGAAGUACCAGAACCACCAGAGCAACUCAGGACAGCGCUUGAUUCAAAAGUGUAUGCAAGCAUUCACAUCCAGUCCUGUGUCUUUAUUAUCAACCGAGAAGAAAAUCGAGGAUAUAUCAUGUAACGUUUCACCAUUGCUUGUGAUCGGAAGUUUCUGCAAUUGGAUCUGCGAUAUUUUUUUUACGGAGUCAGAACUCUCAGUUCGGUUCGUGUUUCGCAGUCUGACUCUAGAUCGGUCCUUUGCGUCGAACGGAUGUUUGAACAUACAGUUAUUUGCUUGCAUUAACGUUUUAUAUGUUUUUUGUUUCGUUUUGGUACAUUUGAACAAACCGAAUGGACUCAACCUCAACUUUAAAGUGGUACUUAAAGUGCUAAGCUGUCAUCCGGCACGUUUCCUUUAGACGCGAGAGAAAACGUACGCGAUCUAAAGGAAACUAUAUGCGUGUUUCUAACAAGCAGUGUUUGAAUGUGUGUCUGUAUCGAUGCUAGAUUUUUUCUUUUUCUUUUUUUCCUUUUUCAUUGUUUUAAGAAAAAAAAGGAAAAAAAUGGGAUAUUCUUCAAGUUCAUGUACUUCAUGACUCGGUUUGGGACAAACCGUCCUGACAGACUUAAUAAAUUAAUCAGUAUAUGAUUAAAA